CAAAUAAAAAGUGCAUUGUUGCAUGAAAUGUGUUUAAUCUGGGGAUUUAAAGUGGAUCACAUGCUCUGACUGAACAACAGCGGCACGAGAGCACGCGCAUUCCACAGCAGCCUCUCGCGCAUCGUUUGUUUUUCGCCUCAAGAAACCCCACAACAGAACUAUGGACUAUCGGUGUUUGUUUGUGGAGUAAAUCGGACAUUUAUCCACUGUCGGACAUGACGCAUUCCUAUAGUCAGCGUUCUCUCGUGGUGCUCGCGUUUUUAGGGAUUUUAUCCGCAAUAAUGUCCGUGUUAUCCGUCAUUUUGAUUUGCCAGCUCCAAACGCAUCAGGUUGUUAUAAAAGAUUCGCCUACUUUCGUGUCGAGUGAGAUCACAGCGGUGUUAUUGCCCGUUUCUACUGUCCUUUCAGCCUUGUCUCUGACACUCAACUUGAGCUCAGUUGUUGUGUGUUUGCUUCACAGCUAUUUCGCUACCGAAAUAUGUCGAGGAGAACCAGAUACACAAAGGGCCGACUGGUUUUUGUCGGAUAGCAGGGCUGUCCGGCAUGUGAACAUUGGGCUGUUUUGCCUUGGAGUUUCAGUUUACUUAGCUGCCAUGUCUGUUUACAUGAUAUUGGUGUUUGAAGUUGAGACCGGCAUAGCCAGUGUGUGUGUGCUCUCCUCUGGUGUUCUCGUCCUGCUACUUAUCGUGAUUCACGCCCUAAUACGGGCCGCACAUACAGCCAAAUCCUUCCGCAGCGAACAUACCCACACCAUGUAUCACAACUACCCUGAAAACAGCCCAGGAAUCCAUACAGAAAAGCCAAUGAGGCAACACAGCUUAGCCAACCUGCAUAGACAUUACAUCAACCCCGCUCACAUCGAUCCUAAAUCGUUGUACUCGCCAAUCAACGGGCCUCACGUUCACUCUAGCGAUAAGGAUGGGUACAGAGGCGGUGGGAGUGGACAGACACACCGGACCUUUUCAACAGAGUCCGGCCUGUUUCACACUCAGGCAAAACCCUGGAAUGGCGUCAACAGCGAGAUGAGAUCUGUAAUAGCUCGCAAAGCCACGGUCAAGGAUUCAACUUUAGUUUGAGUAGUAUCACAUCCACUUUUGUGUCAAGAUGUGCACUAUAUAUAUAUGUAUAUAUAAAUGCUGCGUGUCUAUACACUAUUGUCUUAGAAGGCGGACAAAUUAUUUGUGACAUUUAAAGCAAAAUAUGCAAAAAAAAAAAAAAUUGUGCACCUAUUAUCACCUUUUACGUGUUAGAAAUCACACGAACAGAUUUUAAAAUAAUAUUGUGAAAUUACUACUGAAAUACUUUGUGCACUUGAAUGCGUGUUGCAGUAACUGGAUAAUUUUUUCUUUCCCUUUCGCUUAAAAUACAAUUGUUUAUUCAAUGCACUACAGUAAACAUGA